AGUACGUUGAACGUAUUAAGGGAUCAAAUGUUACCGAUAAUAAUAUUAAAGAAGCUUUGUCAGAGUAUGUGAUUAAUGAACGAGAUAGUAUUUUGUAUUUUAGUCAAUAUAGCGAUAUAGCUAUAGUUGUUAUAGAUAAUGUAGAAAAAUUGCAUUUGGUUAAAAAUAAUAGUAGAGAAGGUAAAAAAGGUACUUUUUGUCAUCUUGUUAAGAAUAGAAAAAAACAACAAGCUACAAAGGAUUUUGAUUUUAGUAUUUCCAGUAUUGAUAAAAACGUAAAAACAAUCUUAGUUAAUGAUAGAAAAGCUAUACUAUCAAAUCCUUUAUUUGCUGAAUUAAAUUCUGAUGAAUCAGCAUCUAGAACAUUAAAAAAAAAUUUUAUGAUAGGGUUUAUAGAUCUUGAACUUUUAAAAAAUCCAAAUUUAUCAUUUACAAGAUCAUCUGAUAUUUAUAGUCUUGGGAUG